UUGAUGGCGGUAAUGCACAUAGUUUGUAAACUGCCAGAAAACACUAUAGAAGAAGAAGAAGAAGAAGAAUAAGAAGAAGAAGAAGUGUGCUUUGUGGUCUCGACCUUGGAUUCUAUCAAGCUACAGCAUGGCGAGUAAGGAGCCGAAUCGCUUCAUUCAGCACCUGAGGGACCUGACUGGUCGGAUGUCUUCAUCUGGGGGCAAAGGAGCAGGACUGGGAUUGAAACUGCUGCUUGGAGCUGGAGCCUUAGCAUAUGGCGUUAAAGAAGCUACCUACACAGUGGAGGGAGGACAAAGAGCCAUCAUUUUCAACAGGAUUGGGGGGAUGCAGAUGGACACCAUUCUUGCUGAGGGGCUUCAUUUCAGGGUCCCGUGGUUCCAGUACCCAAUCAUCUAUGAUAUUCGGGCUAAACCUCGGAAAAUCUCUUCAUUGACUGGAAGCAAAGACCUGCAGAUGGUGAAUAUUGGAGUGCGGGUGUUGUCCAGACCUAUGGCGUCCAGUCUGCCUGCCAUGUACCAACAACUUGGGAAGGACUACGAUGAGAGAGUGCUGCCUUCUAUUGUCAAUGAGGUUCUCAAAUCUGUAGUGGCCAAGUUCAAUGCUUCCCAGCUCAUCACACAGAGAGCACAGGUUUCCUUGCUGGUGCGUCGAGAGCUUGUUGAGAGAGCAAAGGAUUUCAACAUCAUUCUGGAUGAUGUUUCCAUCACAGAGCUGAGCUUCAGCAGUCAGUAUACUGCUGCUGUUGAGGCCAAACAAGUUGCCCAACAGGAGGCCCAGCGAGCGCAGUUCUGGGUAGAGAAAGCCAAACAGGACCAAAGACAGAAGAUUAUACAGGCAGAGGGGGAGGCAGAAGCUGCUAAAAUGUUGGGCCAAGCUGUGACCAAGAACCCUGGUUACCUUAAGUUGAGAAAAAUCCGAGCAGCACAGAACAUUGCUAAGACGGUGUCUGCAUCUCAGAACAAAGUGUACCUGAAUGCUGACAGUUUGGUUCUGAACCUGCAAGAUGAGGCAUCCUUUAACAGCUUUUUGACUGCUCAGAAGAACUAAGGAUAUGGACAUGACCAGUGAUUGCACAGUAGGGGAAAAAUAGUCAUAAAUAAAUCUGGCAACUGGGAAAGAACAGAUUUUGUUUUCAUUUGCCUCCCUGAGAUUUCAGAUUUGCUUUUAUUCAAAGUCUGUACAUGUGUCUAUGUGUAAUACAAUAAAACAGCAUUCUACACACUA